AUGCACCGCAAGUCGCUGGAGGCGGCGCAGCACCUGAAGGAGUCCGGCUCCGAGCGCGAGGGCUCAGAGCCGGAGCCCGAGCGGCCCGGCUCCGUCUCGCCGCACCGAGACCCGCACGACCCGCACGACAACCAGGCGCAGAGUUCCCCCGGCAGCAGCACGACGGCGUCCUCGUCGGCGAAGGGGCGCGCGUCCCCCGAGGGCCCGUGCGCGCGCGACGCCUACGACGACCCCGAGGCGUUCCGCAACAACAGCAUCGCCUGCCUGCGCGCCAAGGCGCAGGAGCACCAGGCGCGUCUGCUCUCCAGCAACCUGCUGCUGCAGGCAAAUGAAUCACCGCCGACCUGUGCCGAAUGCUCCCUUUACUUAACGUUUAAAUUCAAAGACAUUUAUUCAAUCUAGGCCGUUCCGAGCACCCGUGGAUGUCGAAAAUUGUAUCGGAUACAUCUGUGGAUCUCUUCUAACAUGAAAUCGUUUGUUCUACAUCAGGUUCGAGGGUUGUCGCGCCCGGAGAGCGGCGAAGAAGAAUGCCCGGCGGACAUCGACGUGGGCACGGAGCGGCCCCCCUCCCCGCCGCGCGCGGCCCCGCCCCCGCACGCGCACGCCCCGCCCCCGCACGCACACGCCCCGCCCCCGCACGCGCACGCGCCGCACCCGCGCCUGUACUGA